AUGGCUAGUACUGCUAAGCUGCUUGGCCCGCCGGCUCUCCGCCAUCCUACUUCUCCCGCCAGCACUGUCUUUGAAGAUGGGGACAUUCUAACGGAUUCCCUGAUCGUCCGCACCAGUAACCUGGAGCUUUCUGAAAAACCGCCACUGGAAUCCCUGGAGAAGUGCUCUGUCAGUGGGGAUACUGCUAUGGAUUGUUUGGAUUCCCAAGCCCACAAUCUUCAUCAUCCCGGGAAACCGCUGAUGGGCUUAACGGAAAACAAGUCUCCGACCUUUUUGUCUUCCGGGAACCCGUGCUUGGACUUCUUCUUCCAUGUGGUUCCCGAUACGCCGUCUGAUGAUCUGAUCCGACGGUUGGAGUUGGCUUGGGAAUUCAAUCCGCUGACGACGUUAAAACUGAUAUGCAACUUGAGAGGGGUGAGAGGCAGAAAAGCGGACAAAGAGGGUUUCUACACGGCGGUUCUCUGGCUCCACGACCACCACCCCAAAACCCUAGCCUGCAAUGCUAGGGUGUUGGCCAACUUCGGUUAUUUCAAGGAUUUUCUCGAGAUUCUCUACCGGCUUCUGGAGGGCCCUGAAAUUCGAAGAAUAAAAAAGAAAGACUGGUUGGAUCGAAAGGGAAGGAAGAAAAAUUCCCGGAAAAGGAACUCAAUAUUCAAGCGAGAAAAUAGGCCUGGAGUUGAAUUUCCUGUGGAAGAGAAGGAUGUGGAGUAUAUGGUGGAAGAAUUUGUGGAUAAAGAAAAGGCUAGGGUACUGAGAAAGGAGAGAGAGCUUGCUCUUGCCAAAAGAGCCCUGCACAGGUAUUCUACUGAUUCUAAUUAUCAGUUCUUACAUGAUCAGAUUUCAGAUUUAUUUGCUGAGCUUCUGAAAUCUGAUAUUCAGUAUUUAAACUCCGGUGAGCUUUACAAGAUUAGUCUCGCAUCCAAAUGGUGUCCCACAAUUGAUUCUUCUUAUGAUAAAUCCACCUUGAUAUGUGAAAAUAUUGCUCGAAAGGUUUAUUCUCGCGAGGAAUAUCCAGAAUACCAAGGAAUUGAGGAGGCUCACUAUGUUUAUAGAGUCAGGGAUAGGUUGAGAAAACAAGUACUUGUUCCAUUACGUAAGGCCCUGGAGUUGCCAGAGGUUUUCAUGUGUUCGAACCAGUGGGGAUCACCUCCCUACAACCGUGUGGCUUCAGUGGCCAUGAAAUCAUACAAGAGCCUCUUCUCAAAGCAUGAUACAGAGCGGUUUGGUGAGUAUCUUGAGAAAGUGCAAACUGGGAAGGCUAAGAUUGCAGCUGGUGCAUUACUUCCCCAUGAGAUUAUAGCUUCAUUGAAUGAGGAGGAUGGCGAGAAAGUUGCAGAGCUUCAGUGGGCGAGAAUGGUGGUAGAUUUAUCAAAGAAAGGGAGGCUCACAACUUGCAUUGCAGUAUGUGACGUAUCAGGAAGUAUGAGUGGAACUCCAAUGGAGGUGUGUGUGGCUCUGGGGCUGUUAGUUUCAGAGCUCAGUGAAGAUCCAUGGAAAGGCAAUGUAAUUACUUUCAGUGCAAGUCCUGAGCUUCACAAGAUCCCAAGAGACAGCCUUGUAUCCAAGACUGAAUUUGUGAGGGUGAUGGAAUGGGGUGCGAACACUGAUUUUCAGAAAGUUUUUGACAGAAUCUUACAAGUAGCAGUGGAGGGAAAUCUGAGUGAAGAUCAAGUGAUAAAGAGGGUUUUCGUUUUCACUGAUAUGGAGUUUGAUGAAGCUUGUGGGAGGUAUAACUAUUGUGAAUAUGACUAUGAUAUGGAGGAAAUUGAUGAGAGUCAGAAGGCAUCUCAGAAGUGGGAGACAGAUUAUGAAGUGAUACAGCGGAAAUUCCAGGACAAAGGAUAUGGAAAAGUUCGGGAGAUGGUGUUUUGGAACCUUAGAAACUCAUCAGCGACUCCAGUGAUGGCCACAGAGAACGGGGUGGCCUUAGUAAGCGGGUUUUCGAAGAAUCUGUUGACCUUGUUUUUGGAAGGAGGUGGAAUUCUGACCCCUCAGGAUGUGAUGGAAUUAGCCAUCUCUGGUGAAUAUUACAAGAAACUUGUUCUAUUUGAUUAA